AUGUCCCGGGAAGAAGCUACUAUGUUUGCCCUGCGGAAGAUCGUUGUCGACGCCUUUUUAUUCUGCGGAUUGUUGUUCUGUAUUUAUGCAACUCCUUACUUAUGGGUGCCGUUCGAACGAGGGUUCUUCUGCGGCGAUGAAAGCCUCAUGUUCCCCUACAAGGAUGACACGGUUUCCUCUACUAUGCUCAGAGUGGUCGGUUUAGGACUACCUGUAUUAACAUUCUUGAUUUGCGAAUGGGCUCUGCUCCGGAAAGAGAACGAGGAACAGCGUUAUCUGAAUAUACUGAUCCCAGUUUGGUUGCGUGGCUUCUACUGCGCGCUGGCAUCCUUCGCUUUAGGCACCUGCUUUGUAGAACUCACCACGAAUAUCACGAAAAUUGUUAUAGGAAGACCCAGACCACACUUUUUUGACUUGUGCCAACCAUCUGUAGACUGCAGCCUGCCGGUCUGGCGAGGCCGUUACAUUCAGCCACAUGAAUACACAUGUACAGGCAGCUUACAGGAGAUGUUCACGGAUAUGCACAUGUCUUUCCUUAGUGGACAUUCUUCGUGGUCAGCCUACACUAUGGUUUAUUUAGCUUUAUACCUCGAAAAGCGCAUGGUAUGGAGAGGAACUAGAGUUCUACGCCACUCCUUGCAGUUCGGCGCGGUGAUGCUGAGCUGGUUCACUGCACUCUCCCGCGUUUCCGACUACAAACACCACUGGAGCGAUGUCCUAGCUGGCUACUCCCUUGGGGUUACGUUUGCUGUGCUAGUGUGGACAUGGGGAACUGAUAUUAUUCAACCGAAGAAAAAACACUCACCUUUACCGCAACAUGAUAAUAUUUCCUUGAUGGUUCAUCCGCAAGCAGCUGCUUAG